GCCUCGCAGCCCGCCCAGGCAGGCAGGCGGAUUGCAUCUCUGAGCAGGAACGGAGCGAGCAGCGCCUGGUGCCGCUUUCCUGAUUGACGCCGCCGGCCGCCAGUCAGUCCGGGACACCUCCAACCGGCGGGCGUGAGUCCGUGCACCGAUUUAUUGCGGUAUCGAUCUCUUUCUUUGCAGUCUGCGCAGUCCAGAGCAGCAUGUCGGUGGAGCUGGAAGAAGCCGACCUGCCUCUGACUGAGGCGGAGGAAGCGCCCCUGGCCCCAGAGAAGAAAGGUGGCGCCAGAAAGGCGAAGGGUGGAGGAUCGUCCUUGUCUCCUUCCAAAAAGAAGAAGAACAACAAGAAGAAGAACCAGCCGGGCAAAUACAGUCAGCUGGUGGUAGAGACGAUCCGGAAACUGGGCGAGCGCAACGGCUCUUCUCUGGCCAAGAUCUACAAUGAGGCCAAGAAGGUGGCCUGGUUCGACCAGCAGAACGGGCGGACCUACCUGAAAUACUCCAUCAAGGCGCUGGUGCAGAACGACACCCUGCUCCAGGUCAAGGGCACCGGCGCCAACGGCUCCUUCAAGCUCAACAGGAAAAAGCUGGAAGGGGGCAGCGAUAGCAGCUCUAGCAGCAGCUCCCAGAAAUCCCACAAGAAGGCUACGGCCUCCACCUCUCGGAGGGCGGAGAAGAAACCGGCCUCCAAGAGCAAGAAACCCGAGAAGAAAUCGCACAAGAAAGGAGCCAGCAGUGGAGCUGCCAGGAAAGACAAGGGCAAAGCUAAGAAGGCUACCAAGAAAGCCGCUUCUUCUGGGGGCAAAAAGGUCAAGAAGUCUGCAAAGCCCAAGGCGCUCAAGAGCAGGAAGGCAUGAGGGGGGCAGGGCGCCCCCAUCGCCCCACCACGCUGGGGCAGGAGAGAGACCAUUUCCCCACCCUUCGCCCCCCCAGCUCCCUAUCCAUCAAGGGCUUUGAGCCCCAAGACAGACUGCUCUAAGGACAGACCCAGGUUAUCCGCUUUGUAUUGCUGCCCCUUCGCUCUGUAGCCGUCGCCGCGGGCAGGGAAGCGCGGUUUAGGCUGCGCCAGCCUCGCAAUCCACCCUUGGUUUUUUUUUUUUUAUUUGGGCAGCCCACCCGCUAAGGUUUCUGUUCGCCCCAGUCGCAGCCCUGUAUUUGUCCCGCCCCAUUCCCAGAU